CUAUUAUACUGCUUACAAGGCCGGCGUUGGCAAAGGAGUUCUUGCUAGAAACGCGCAAUGUUACUGCGAUCAAACAAGGCAAAAUUGCCAUCAUCCACAUCGAGCCCACGGACAUGCUGACCUAUGAUAUGCUGCCAGUCUGGCGAAAUGAACUGGAAAAUGGAGUAGACUUGGGAGCGGCCGGGCAGAGUCUCAUCAUCAUGACAACUCUGCCAACGAGAACUAUCUAUCAGCCCAAUUCCUCCAUUUAUGCCAACAAAAUAAACCUGGCUGCGGCGGCUGCAGCUGGACUGGCAAUGCGUCUCACACAGCUAAACGUUGUGGCAGGCGGUGGCAAACUGGAUCCAGCAAAAGGCCUGUUUGCACCCAUGAACAACCAGGACGUCUACGUGCCCAUCACCCCGGAGAUCACCUUCCAUUUUGAGAACUACGGUACCAAUGAAAUCCGUGGCCUUUACGACAUGUUCAUCUUCUCCCUUAACCCGGAAGUCUCACGUGGCCGUCUAAAUGUCUCCCAGAUGACUUAUGAUGAAAUUUUCCUCCUGACCGAUGUGAUUCUUUGGCCACUGAUUGCGGUCAAGAGAGUAGCCGAAAAGGUAUGGCCUGCGGACAGCAACGGCCCGAAUCGCAAUCCCUGCCUCAUUUAUGACUGUGAAAUGGCCGGCAGCGCUCAGGCAAUUACUCUCAUUAUAUUGGGAGGAAUAAUAAUCCUCGCUUUGGCCAAUAUCGUCAGGAUUUUUUACGUCAGGCGUCAACGACAAGAGAAGAAGGUUCUUGGAGGCAAUGCGAAGCUGAUUCUCUAUGCCGAUGAUAUAUCUUAUGUGAAGGAAGCCAAGCACGUAUCUACUGCAUCGGUAAGCAUGAAAAACCACGUGCACUUAAUAAUAAUCCGAUUAUUCCUUUACAGUGGAGGUAACUUUAGACUAAAAAUGACUUCUUAA